AAUCUUUCACGCUCUUCCAGUUACCAGAGGACUGUCAGCAAUUACUGACAUAACCGUAGAGUAGAUGCUGCAUACAGUUCUCGAAAACUGUGUCGAUGUCACAAGAUUGUGCGACAUGUAUUGUGAGGAGGGGUGGUAUGGGUUAGAAGGGUUUCCGUAAACGGCAAGCCACCUGCCCAGUUUGUGUAUGUAUGACGUAGUGAAUAGUGAAUUCGAACGUCAUGUAGCUCCCGCUGGGGCGACGUGGUGCGAUCUCCGCGCCUCCGCGCCGCUGCACCACAUGUGUUCACAAGCGUAAUACUCUGCGGGCGCUGGCUUUGACUAUAAGUACGGGGCUGCCUCUCGAUGUCGUCUUCAAACUACUCUUUCACGACCCUCACGACCAACGCGCUUUCAUACUCGCAUAUCCAACUUUCCAAACCACACAAGCACCAUGUCCGCCUACGCUACCCAGCGCCCGCCCGAGCACCACAUCCACCGUGACUCUGAGGCCCUGCCCGGAGCUCGCGGCGGUGCAGCCGCUGCCAACUACGCCCCAGACGUAACGAACAACGAGCGGGUCUGGCAGGACAACAACGAGCGCCAGUUCGGCGCAGGCACCGACGACCGUGCUGUCAUGGGUGGUGCCCAGCACCAGUCCGCUGCAUCGCCCAGCGCUGAGUCGGGCCACACAGCAUAUAACGAGGACAGACCGCUGAGCGUGCAGCCGACCUCAGCAGGAGGCGUCGCGGUUGAUGGCCACAGCGACGUACCGGAGGGGAAGGCCAAAUUCACCGACAAGCUGAUCGGCAAGACUCAGAAGGUCGCCGGAAAGGCUACCAAGAACCCCGAGCUCCACGAGAAGGGCGAGCUGCGCGAGGCGGGUGGAAAGGGUGCAGUCACGGGCGAGGCUCGUGCACCCCACGAUUGAAUCGGUGGACGGUGAAUGAAACAUGGACGGCAGCUGCACCUCAACCCUGUAUAAUUACAUGUAUACCAUAAUCUCUU